ACCCAAAAGGUUUAGUGGAUGGCACCUAGUAAAAGCAAUGUCCACCAUGAGCUUAUCUCUUCUUGGUACUCCAUUUAACACCUUCCUUCCUAACUUUGAGUGUUAGCCCUAACUACUCUUUCCAUGCUUGGAAUUCCUUGACAAAGAAAGAGAGUUCAUGUGUGUGUAAAAGAAAAGUAUGGAGCAUGGAGUUGAGAGAUGAUUGAAGCCUUAUCAGUAUUGUGACAAAGCCGUGAACCUUUGCAAGGAUCAACAACAAGAUAUAAUAAUGGAGUUUUACGUUGGGUGCUAUGAAAACAACAUGAACCAUAUAGAAACUUGUGUAAACAGUAGGAGUUCUAUAUCUCCAUUUCAAACCUCUAGUAGGAUGGGCAUGUAUGAAGAAAAUCACCACACUGGCAUGUGGGAGUACCCCUUCAAAGCUGAUAGUAGCCAAAAUACAUGUGCUUCAACAGUUUUGGAAGCAGAUAUGCGAAUUGACUGUUUGGUUGAUCUAGAAGAUAUUCCUAACAAAGCACUAGGAAAACCAAAGAAGUUUGAUCAGAAAGAAAACAAGCCUUCAGAUAAGAUAUUGAGACGACUUGCACAAAAUCGAGAGGCUGCUCGAAAAAGCCGACUGCGGAAAAAGGCAUAUGUUCAACAGCUAGAGUCAAGCCGUUUAAAACUCGCCCAACUAGAACAGGAGGUUGAUAAGGCCAGACACUUGGGUGUGUACACAUUAGGUGGGAAUUUGCAAGGGUCUACUCUUGGUGUGCCUGGAAGUGUCAAUAUAGAGAUUGCUGCUUUUGAAAUGGAAUACGGACACUGGGUCGAAGAACAAAAUCGACAAACAUGUGAACUGAGAGCUGCACUUCAAGCAAAUGUAUCUGAUUUAGAGCUUCACAUUCUUGUUGAGAGUGGAAUGAGACACUAUGACAAUCUUUUCAAAAUUAAAGCCAGUGCUGCUAAAUCUGACAUCUUCUAUCUUAUGUCUGGCAUGUGGAGAACGUCCACUGAAAGAUUUUUUCUUUGGAUUGGUGGAUUUAGGCCCUCAGAGCUUCUAAAGGCGCUCUACUCACAGCUGGAGCCUCUGUCAGAUCAACAAAUGAGCGCUGUCUGCAACCUGCAACAAUCUUCACAUCAAGCUGAAGAUGCAUUGUCUCAAGGAUUGGAAAAACUUCAGCAAACUCUUUCAGAAACUCUAAAAUGUGACCCCUUAGGCACAUCUUGUGUUUCUAGUUACAUGGGACAAAUGACAAAUGCCAUGAGAAAGCUGGAGGCUCUUGUAAGCUUUCUGAACCAGGCCGAUCUCCUCAGACAGCAGACUUUGCAGCAGAUGCACAUCAUCCUCACAACCCGUCAGGCGGCACGAGGUUUGCUUGCGUUGGGCGACUACUUCCAACGCCUUCGUGCCCUUAGUUCGUUAUGGGCUGCUCGACUGUGCAAACCAACUUCCUAAAAAAUCAGAUCAGGUUACCAUGGUGAUUUGUCAUUUAAAAAAUCUGCAACCAACCAACUAGGCAAAGGAAGGGACAUCAACAAAAUGGUUCCUAGCCUCCAUCAGGAUCAUUAUCAUAGAGAGCAUAUUCAGCAGAUAUUGCAACAAGUGCGCUAGUGUAGAUCGUCUAUGAAGAUAUAUCGCGGUGGUUCUGUAGCUUGUUUAUGAACAUGCCAUUUGUUAUUAGUGCAAAUCCUUUUUCGGUAUAAGGGCAGUAAGUUUGCCAUGAA